AUGAAUGCCGAUGGAGAGGAUCCCAUUAAGGCAACUGAAUCAUGUGAAGGAACUGUUUCUAGAAGUGAAUGGAUUCCUGAAGUAGAAGAAUCUAAAAAACCAAUUGUAGGGAAAACUAUAUUCUCUUCAUUGGAAGAGGCCUAUGAAUUUUACAAUAACUAUGCAAGAUGUGCUGGUUUUAGUGUUAGGAAAUGCUCUUGCAAGUAUGCUAGCGAAAGUAAGAUGGAUGAUAGCAGUAGUGAAAUGGAAGAUGAAUUAAACUUGAAGAAAAAUAGAUUGAUAGUUUGGAAAAGAUUUGUAUGUGCGAGAGAGGGAAAUACAGAUCAGAAGGCACAAAAGAAAAAAGGCCAACUAAAAAGGAGAAGGGGUGAAACAAGAGAUAACUGUCCUGCCGUUAUGAUUGUGGCGUUUCAAAAAUCCAUUUCUAAAUACAUAGUUAAAAAAUUCAUUGAGGUGCAUAGUCAUGACCUGGCCACACCUCGUAAGAAGCAUCUAUUGAACUCCCAUCGUAUGGUGACGAAAACGCAGAGAAGCUUACAAGACGACUUCCAAGCAUCCAACAUUAAGACGACACAAACAAUGGCCGUUCUUUCAGCACAGUUGGGUGGGUACGAAAAUAUAGGUUGCACUGAAAAAGACUUGACAAAUUAUGAAAGGGAUAAGAGACAGAAAUCCAAGGGUUGUGAUGCUCAGAUGUUGUACGAACAUUUUGAAGAAAUGAAAGAGUUGCAUCUAACAUUUGAAUAUGAAGUGAAAGUUGACGAAGAAAAUAGCUUAUUACAUUGUUUUUGGGCCGAUCAUAUUGCACGUCAGUCGUACAAAUAUUUUGGUGAUGUUAUAGUCUUUGACACUACUUAUAAUACCAACCGGUAUGGUUUGAUAUUUGCUCCAUUUACGGGAGUAAAUCAUCAUGGGCAGUCUAUUACUCUUGGAUGUGGUUUCAUACACGAUGAAACCACUGAAUCUUUUAUUUGGUUGUUUGAGUCGUGGCGUAAAGCGAUGCAAGGAAAGUCACCUAAAGCCAUAAUAACAGAUCAAGAUCCAGCAAUGACGAAGGCCAUUUCUAUUGUAUUUCCAAAUACAUUCCAUCGGUAUUGUAUUUGGCAUAUAAUGCAGAAGGUACCUGAGAAAUUAGGAGCCAUCGCACAUAGGGAUGAAUUUAUUCGACCAUUCAAUGAUUGUGUAUGGAAUUCGCAAACGUCUGAAGAUUUCGAAGAUUCAUGGGAAAAAUUGAUGACAGAGAAUGGUUUGGAAGAUAAUGUAUGGUUGAACUCUAUAUAUGCAAUCCGUCAUAAAUGGAUACCCGCAUUUGUACGGCAUGUAUUUUUCGCGGGUAUGUCAAGUAGCCAGCGCAGUGAAAGUAUGAAUGCAUUCUUUCGUAGUUAUAUCUCGAAACGUAAUUCAUUUAUAGAUUUCAUUGUUCGGUUUGAUAGGGCACUUGCUCGCCAAAGGCAUAACGAGCUUGCUGCAGAUCAUGAAACGAUAAGUAGUAAGCCAAAGUUAAAAAUGCCAUGUGAAAUGGAAAAAGUAAUGGGCGAGACAUACACGAGGAGGAUAUUUUAUAAAUUUUAG